UUUCCAUUACUUCAUCAUAAACGUACAAACACACGCACGUGUCUAGGUGAUAAAACCACGCAUGAGCUGAGAAAGUUAAUCACAUUUGAACGUCCUGACGAGGAGAAAAGGUCUAGAGGUCCACCGCCGGAAAAAUGGCAGCCACGGUACAAGAAGAAAAGUUGCGGCAGAAGAUGAAGAGCUACUGGCAGGUGUACAGCCCUUCCCUCGAGUCCAUGAUGCUCUCCAACGACGCCAAGUACUUGGCUGAAAAUGAACAGAACGAAGUCAUGUCUUACCUGCCUCCUUAUCAGGGGAAAAGAGUCCUUGAACUUGGAGCGGGUAUUGGGCGUUUCACGGCACGCCUGGCAACAGUGGCGGGUCACGUAACAGCUGUGGAUUUCAUGCAAGAAUACAUCGAUAAAAAUGAGCACGAUAACAAGCACAUGGGGAACAUCAACUUCAUGUGUGCUGAUGUCACAAAACUGGACUUUCCUGCCGGCAGCUUUGAUUUAGUGUUCAGCAAUUGGCUGUUCAUGUACCUCGGCGACAAGGAGACGCAGGAUGUGUUCGAACGCUGCAUGAAGUGGCUUUCUCCAGGUGGACACUUCUUCGUGAGAGAGUCAUGCUACCAUCAGUCAGGAAAUGUGAAAAGGAACGAGAACCCGACGUUGUACCGCACGCCCUUGGAGUACUGCCACAUGCUGCACUCUGUCACGGCCGGAGGCAAGGCUUUGUUCAAGAUCCUCCGCGGCAAAAGCAUCCUCACCUACAUCCAUUAUCAUGGCAACCCAAACCAACUGUGUUUCCUGGCGCGACGCGUGGACGGCGAGGAGUCAGACCAGCUGGCUCAGUUCCUGCAGAGGGAGUACUCUGUGGUGAACAUCCUGGGCAGAGAGAGGGCACAUGGGUACAUGUGGUGGUCGACAGGUGGAGAGACGACAAACAGGGACUUCUGCACCCGCCUGAACCUGCGCCCCGGCAUGCGGGUGCUGGACGUGGGCUGCGGCACCGGAGGGUCGGCCUUCUACAUGGCGCGCCACUACGGGGUUCACGUGCACGGCGUCGACCUCUCUACCAACAUGAUCCACAUCGCCAUCGAGCGCCAGGGGAAGCUGGAAGAACCUCUGAAGAAAAGGCUUCAGUUCGAAAUCAGCGACAUCCUCACCGUGGACUACGAGCAGGAAUCGUAUGACGUCAUCUACAGCCGUGACAGCAUCUUCCAUAUCCCGGAGAAGCAAAAACUCUUUCAGCACAUUUACCGCUGGCUGCGUCCCGGCGGCGUCCUCUUCCUCACCGACUUCUGCAGUGGUCCUGCAACUCCCUCCAAGGAAUUCCUUGCAUAUGUUGAUGGAGCCAAACGGUACUCUCUCGCCGGGAAGGACUUCUACGUGAAAGAGUUGGAAUCUGCAGGAUUCACAGACGUGGCUUCCGAGGACCUCAAUGAGGACUUCAUGAAGACAAGUAAAGCGGAGCUGAAGGCCUUCACAAGCGCACGCGAAGCCUUCAUUAGAGACUUCUCGGAGGAGGACUUCGCGGAGAUCUCGUCCACCCUCGCUAAUAAGGUAACCGACGACGGGAGACUCCUUCUCCUUCACCACGCCGCCCACAUACUUCACAGGACCGAGCCCAGGCGCCUCAACCUGCCGCCUUGUUGCCAGGGCCGCCCGGAACCGGCGCUGAAGCCAUGGGAGCUGGCGACGGGCGUGGCAGGCAGGCCUGACGGGGCGGGGUCGGAGGCCAGGCGCCGGUGGCGUGAUGGAAACCUUUUUGCACGUGUCAUCCAACUCCGACGCCAGCUUGGCCGGUCGCAUGGCAACAACAAACGUUUCCAGUUCAACCUGCAUCUGACUUGCGGUAUGCACAAUAUAGGAAGCAGCCUUGUUCAACAUAUUAUUGCUCCAAAUACUAAAUUUACGUUUACCACAACACGGAGAGUCCUAAAAAGAAGAAAAAUGUACAGUCUUACGCACUCUCCUCUCAAGCAUAUACUGCGCAGCCAUAAUGUUGCUAAUGUAACUUUUGUUGCUAUGGCUACACACCGAUGCCAGGUGCCAGAGGUACGACGAGGCCGCAUUGUAAUGGGUCUGAAGCGACGCGGCGGCCGGACUCCUCCGUCGCCCACCGACCGGCCAGGUAGAGCACAAGCCCUGGGCAGCAUGAGCAACAAGGCCCCAGCCAGCCAGGAAUUUCUGGACACCAACCAGUACUCGCGCAAGUCCAUCCUCCGUUAUGAACGGAUCUUCGGGCACACGUGGGUGUCCACGGGCGGCGAGACCACCACCAAGGACUUCCUGAUAAGGAUGAACCUGCGCCCCGGCAUGCGGGUGCUGGACGUGGGCUGCGGCACCGGAGGGUCGGCCUUCUACAUGGCGCGCCACUACGGGGUUCACGUGCACGGCGUCGACCUCUCUACCAACAUGAUUGACAUCGCCAUAGACAGACUAAACCGCGAAGAAAAAUAUAUGCAGUCCAUGAUUAAAUUCGAGGUUGGUGACAUUACAAAGGUUCAGUACGACAACGCCAGCUAUGACAUCAUUUACAGCCGUGACACAAUCCUCCACAUCCCGAACAAGGAAGAGCUCUACCGCACUCUCCUGGCGUGGCUGAAACCUGGCGGAAAACUCAUCGUCACCGACUACUGCAGGGGAGACCAGGAGCACUCACAGGAGUUCCUUGAUUACGUCAAACGCAGAGGAUACGACCUGCGAACGGUGAAGGCGUACGGGAAGGUCCUAGAGGAGGCUGGAUUCAAGGACGUCCAGGCGGUGGAUAUGACGCAGACCUUCAUCUCCGUGCUGCAGAAUGAACUCAAGUACUUCGAACCAACACGCGAUGCCUUCGUACAGGAUUACAGCGAGAAGGACUACAAGGAAAUCGUGGAUGGAUGGAGACAGAAGUUGGUACGGUGCAAUGCAGGCGACCAGGCCUGGGGCAUGUUCCUGGCCACCCGGUAGAAGUGCCGCGACCGCCUCCGAGCGAUUCCGUCUGACUCUUGGCCUCGACGGGCUCUGACGGCAGCCUUUUAGGAACACCUUUAUCCUAUUCUUCUUUAUUGCAUCAUCCUCGACAAAUCAUCUUUAGCUAAAUCAUUAUUUUGACAAUUGUCAAAAUAUUUUUUAUUAUAAAGUCUCCAGUCAUUUUCUUGGCAUAAAUGCAAAGAAUGAUAUGUCAUUAAUACUGUAUAGUAAAAUAGCUGCAAUCUGUUGCCGUAAUUUAUGUAUUCUAAUAUUCAAUAUAUGUUCAUGGUGCUGAAAAUCAUGCCAAGAUGAAGAUUGAGAAAUUAAUUUUCAUUCUGAUUCAAAUCUUAUGAGAACAAUGGUAAAAUAGAUGCAAUGAAUUUGCAAAUAAAGCAUUUCUAAUAUUUGUCAAAUAUUUUAAUCUAAAUCUUGGCACUUUUAUGGUUAGAAUUAACGUUGAAAAGUACUAGCAUUUAAGAAUUCUUUUGUACACAGUCAUAAACGUUAAGACCAGU